CCACCGCUUUCGAUUUCUCUUUCCUCUAAACGGCUGCGCUUCUGCUCAGCGCGUCCCGGCUCCCCCGGGGCUUUCCGCGGUCCCCGCCCCGACGCCGGCCCCCGCGCCCUGGGCACACACAGGGACCAGGCUCAGCAGUCCACCCAACCGGACAGCCCAGAGUCCAGGCCGGGCCGGCGCUCACUUGCCCAUGGCUGACCCAGGGCGCCCCGCUCCCGGCAGAUACCUCUGCCUCCCCGGAGCUGAUGGCGCGUGGCUGGGGGCGACGCUGCUGCUGCUGCUGCUCGUGGACUGGGUGCUGGUCACCAGCGCGCUGCCCGGGCUAGUCUUUCUCCUGGUGCCCCCGGCGCUGCCGCUGCUCCGGCUCUGUGUGGUGGGCCUGGGCCGCUGGGCCGUGCUGUGGCUGGGGGUCCGCGGGGUCCUCGGGGUCUCCGCUGGCUCCAAGGGGGAAAGCGCACGAGGCCAGCGCUGGCUGACCCUUUUGGAGCCGCUGGCGGCGACGCUGGGCUUGGCCCUGCCGGGACUUGCCUUGUUCCGAGAGCUGGGCUCGUGGGCCGUCUCCAAGGACAGUGCUAGCCCCAGACUGCUGUAUUGGGCAAGUUGCCCCGACGCCUUCGUCCUCAGCUAUGCAGGCGCCCUGCCUGCCGCUGUCCUGUGGUGCAGCCUUGAGAGACGGGGGGCUCCUGGCGACCAGAAAAACUCUGGAUCCUUGCUGAAACUACUGCUGCGCUGCGUGGCCCCCGACAUUCGCCGCUACCCGUUUGUUCUGGCCCUGCUGAUCUUGUCCUGCGUCGGGGAAAUGGCCAUUCCAUUCUUCACUGGCCGCAUCACUGACUGGAUUCUACAGGAUGGGACAACGGCUGGCUUCACCCAAAACAUAACCAUCAUGUCUCUCCUCACCAUAGCCAGUGCCGUACUGGAGUUCUUGGGCGAUGGAAUCUACAACCAGACCAUGGGCCACAUGCACUGCCGCUUGCAGGGAGACGUGUUUCAGGCUGUCCUUCGCCAAGAGACAGCGUUUUUCCAACAGAACCAAACAGGUUCCAUCACAUCUCGGGUAACCAAGGACACAUCCACCCUGAGUGAGUCUCUGAGUGACGAGCUGAACCUGCUGAUGUGGUACCUGGUUCGGGGGCUGUGUCUCCUGGGGCUCAUGCUCUGGGGAUCACAGUCCCUCACCAUGGUCACCCUGGUCGCCCUGCCUCUGCUUUUCCUUUUGCCAAAGAAGCUGGGAAAAUGGCAGGAGUCGCUGACAGUCAGGGUGCAGAAAUCUCUGGCAGAUGCGAGCCAGGUCGCCAUUGAAGUCCUGUCAGCUAUGCCUACGGUGCGGAGCUUUGCUAACGAGGAGGGGGAGAGCCGGAGGUUCAGACAAAAGCUGCAGGAAAUGAAGACUCUCAGUCAGCAAGAAGCACUGGCCUAUACAGUCAAGACGUGGACCACCACUAUCUCGGGGAUGUUGCUGAAGGUGGGAAUCCUAUACAUUGGAGGGCAGCUGGUGAUGAGCCGGGCCGUGAGCAGUGGGAACCUCGUUUCAUUCAUUCUCUACCAGAUCCAGUUCAGCACAGCUGUUGAGGUUGUGCUCAUGCACUAUCCCAGUAUACAGAAGGCUGUGGGCUCCUCCGAGAAAAUAUUUGAAUACCUGGACCGGAUCCCUUGCUGUCCAGCCAGUGGUCCUUUGACUCCCUCCGACUUGCAAGGCCGUGUCCAUUUCCAAGAUGUCACCUUUGCCUACCCAACCCAGCCGGAUGUCCCAGUGCUGAAGGGGCUGACGUUUACCAUUGGUCCUGGUGAGGUGACUGCGCUGAUUGGGCCCAACGGGUCUGGGAAGAGCACCGUGGCCGCCCUGCUGCAGAAUCUGUACCAGCCCAGCGGGGGCCAGGUGCUGCUGGAUGGGGAGCCCCUCUCCCAGUACGAGCACCACUACCUGCACAGAGAGGUGGCUGCAGUGGGACAAGAGCCGCAGCUCUUUGGGAGAAGCAUUCGAGGAAACAUCGCCUAUGGCAUGACCCAGGAGCCAGACAUGGAGGAAAUCAUAGCAGCUGCGAAGGAGUCGGGAGCCCAUCACUUCAUCUCCGGACUCCCUCAGGGCUACAACACAGAGGUAGGCGAGGGUGGGGGCCAGCUAUCAGGGGGUCAACGACAGGCAGUGGCAUUGGCCCGAGCACUGAUCCGGAAGCCACAUGUACUCAUCCUGGAUGAUGCCACCAGUGCCCUGGAUGCAGACAGCCAGUCACGGGUGGAGCAGCUCCUGUACAAAAAUCCCCAACGGUGCUCUCGGGCAGUGCUCCUUAUUACUCAGGGUCUGCAUUUGGUAAAGCAGGCCGACCGAAUCCUCUUUCUGGAAGGGGGCACCAUCCGUGAGGCGGGAACCCACCAGGAGCUCCUGGAGAACAAAGGACACUACUGGGCCAUGCUGGAGGGAGCAGGCGCCCCAGAAUGAGAGACUCCCUGGACUGGUACAAUUCAUCCUCCUGGCAGAGAAGAGGUUACCUGCUGCUUUUAGAAGGGGUUACAUUUGAUGAUGCUUGAAAUCCUGCCACGAGUGCUCCUUUACCGUUCUCUCCAGGAACCGCUUGGUGGCCCUGAUGGUUUCCUGCUCCAGCGGCAGAGUUUAUACAUCCUCCAUGUCACUGGGCUUAAUGCUGGGGCUUCGCUGUGCACAGGUCUCUGAAAUUGAGGGGAAAUACCCAGCAGGUACAGAAAGGGAAGCCAGCUCCUUCCUAAUAUGACCAAAGGCAUUAGGUUGGUCUGUACGUGAUGUAUGGGGUCUUGUUAUGUAUAAUAAAAGGCGUGUUUUUGUACUGUG